GUUCCGGGCUCGCCUAGCUGCCCUCCCUUUUCUCGCCUGCCUUGUAAUGGCUGCUCCCGAGACCCAGGGGGCUGCUGCCCGAGGGGAGGAGGACUGCAAGAGCAACCAUAGCGAAUCUGGGAGUGUCAGUUAUGAGGACAGUAAGGAUUGUAUCCUGGAGCCGCUUUCCCUGCCAGAAAGUCCAGGUGGCACCACCGCUUUAGAAGGUUCUCCAUCUGUGCCUUGUAUUUUCUGUGAAGAACAUUUUCCUAUGGAUGAACAAGACAAACUUCUGAAGCACAUGAUUAUUGAACAUAAGAUGGUCAUAGCUGAUGUCAAGUUGGUUGCUGAUUUCCAAAGGUACAUUUUAUAUUGGAGGAAAAGGUUCACUGAACAGCCCGUGACAGAUUUUUGUAGUGUGAUAAGAAUCAAUUCCACAGCUCCACUUGAAGAACAAGACAAUUACUUUUUGUUAUGUGAUGUUUUGCCAGAAGAUAGAGUACUUAGAGAGGAACUUCAGAAACAAAGACUGAAAGAAAUUCUGGAACAACAGCAGCAAGAAAGAAAUGAUAACAGUUUUCAUGGUAUUUGUAUGUUUUGCAAUGAGGAAUUUUUCGGGAACAGAUCUGUUCUUUUGAACCACAUGGCCAGAGAACAUGCUUUCAACAUUGGCUUGCCAGACAACAUUGUAAACUGCAAUGAACUUCUGUGCACAUUACAGAAAAAGCUCGACAACUUGCAGUGCUUAUACUGUGAGAAGACCUUCAGGGACAAAAAUACGCUUAAAGAUCAUAUGAGGAAAAAACAGCAUCGGAGGAUCAAUCCUAAGAACAGAGAAUAUGACCGAUUUUAUGUCAUCAAUUAUUUGGAACUUGGAAAAUCGUGGGAGGAAGUUCAGUUGGAAGAUGAUCGGGAGUUGCUAGACCAUCAGGAAGACGACUGGUCUGAUUGGGAAGAGCGCCCUGACUCUGCUGUCUGCCUAUUUUGUGAAAAGCAAGCAGAAACAAUUGAGAAAUUAUGUGUCCACAUGGAGGAAGCACACGAUUUUGAUCUCCUCAAAAUAAAGUCAGAACUUGGAUUGAAUUUCUAUCAGCAAGUAAAAUUGGUCAAUUUCAUUCGAAGGCAAAUUCACCAAUGUAGAUGUUAUAGUUGCCAUGUGAAAUUCAAGUCCAAAGCAGAGUUAAGGACUCACAUGGAAGAGACUAAACAUACAUCACUGCUUCCUGAAAGAAAGAUAUGGGAUCAACCAGAGUAUUAUUUUCCAACCUAUGAGAACGAUAUUCUACUAUGUACACUGUCUGACAGUGAAAGUGACCUGACAGCUCAGGAACAAAAUGGAAAUAUCACCAUCAUCAGCGAAGAUACAUCUAAACUGCAUGCUUUGAAACAAACCAGUAUUUUGAACCAGUUGCUACUACAUGAGGGCUUGAAAAACUAGAAGAAAAUGCCACAGAAGCAACUUUUCAUGUUUUUCGCUUAUGAGACAGACUCAGAAAAAUUGUUUAAAUUUGAACAUCAGCAAAGGAUUAGACCCUGGUGAAAUAAAUUUUUUCAAAAGUACUUUUUAAAAAAUAAAGUGAGGACUUUUUGUAUUUUGGGCUAUAACGUUUUACUAUGUAAUCAUUAUAAAUGAUCUCAUUUCAUUAGACUAGGUUAUCUAUAAUAAGGAGGACAUGUGGGGUGCCUAGUUGGCUCAGUUGGUGGAGCAUGUGACUCUUGAUCGCAAGGUCAUGAGUUUGAGCCCCAUGUUGGAUGUAGAGAUUACUUUAAAAAAAAUUUUUUUUUAUUUUUUUUUUAUUUAAAUUUUUUUUUUAUUUUUUUAACGUUUUUUAUUUAUUUUUGAGACAGAGAGAGACAGAGCAUGAAUGGGGGAGGGGCAGAGAGAGAGGGAGACACAGAAUCGGAAGCAGGCUCCAGGCUCUGAGCCAUCAGCCCAGAGCCCGACGCGGGGCUCGAACUCACAGACUGUGAGAUCGUGACCUGAGCCGAAGUCAGACGCUUAACCGGCUGAGCCACCCAGGCGCCCCUAAAAAAAAUUUUUUUUAAUAAGGAAGACAUGCAAAUCACAAAUGAAGUGUUCAAAUUAUUGAUAAAGUUUUUUUUUCCUCUAUCACCCAUUCUCCUGCAGACUGGUAGAUGUAAGAAGUUCCAGUAAAUUUGUGUUCAAAAUUAUUUUUUGUCAAGGAUAAUUUAUAAGAAGUACUAUCCCUGUUGUAUCACACCAGGCACUUAAUAUCCAUGUACCAGUUUUAGGGAUGUGAGAAUUGACAGUCCACUCAGGUGUUGUCAGCCAGUGGAUUCUUAGAAAGUUCCCCAUCGGUCUUUCAUCUAACCAGUUUAGUAUUCAUUGGUAAUUGUUACCUAUUAUUUUUUGUAAUGGCUGCAAAAUGAUGAUUUUUCUAAUUCUAUCAUUUCUUUUACAGUGGGUUCUUUACACAGCAUGUGUGCUAUGGAGCACUGGAGUUUUA